GUUUUGGUUUUUGUCGGGGCGGGAAAGCGCAUGUAGGAAGUCUACAAGCUGCAUGGUCAGAUCUCCUCAUCAUGCCGUCCAAACAACAGAAGGUGGUCCAACCUGCCUUUUCCCCGGUUCUCUUCAUGACGGUGGACGGCGAGCCCAUGUCCUUCUUCAUGCGACCGGGUCCCGUCAAACGGCAGCUCCAGCCGCUCAUCACAGCCGGAGGAGGAACUCUGUGCAACGUCCAGCAGCCGGGAGUGAUCCUGCUGAUCGAACCCGAGGAGAGGAGCUCUAUUCCUGAAUCCUCUUCUCACUGGUACGUGUCCACCCAGUACAUUCAUGACUGUAUUGAGAAGAACGAACAGCUGAGUUCAGAGGACUACAGGCUGAAUCCUGGAGUCGUUCAGAGAAGCUCUGCUAGACUCAACAGGAGCAAGGAAAGCUCACCUGGACUCUCAGCAGGCAGGCUGGCCUACAGCCCUGAAGAUGAUGCGGCCAUUUUGAAAUAUGUCAGCAGUCACAAGGCGGAGACUGGAGGGAACCGGCUCUGGCAGCAGAUGGAGAAGCAGCAUGUGACCAACCACAGCUGGCAGUCGAUGAAGUACCGCUACAAAGUCCUGGCUAAGACACAGCCGGUGGCGGUGGCCUUGGAAACUAAAGAAGAAGACAACAAGGCAGCGGAGGAAAGGACGGAGGUGGAAGAAAAUCAAGACGGAGAUGUUGGAAAACGUUCCUGUGAGAAGGUCGUGGUUCCUCCUCCUCAGACACAUUCAGCAGAUCCAGACCUGACACAGAUAGAAGUCCGGUCCGAAGCAGCUGAAAGCAGAGCAGAGAAGGUAGACGCUGAGACGCUGAGCUCUGUCCUGGACGAGGAGCAGCAUCAGCAGCCAGAUGAACAACCAGCUGAAAGCUUACAGGCACAAACUGGAGAAGCUGAAGCGUCUGACCCGUCCCAGGCCGAGGGGCUUGGUCCAGACCUCCUGACGGUUUCCCAGGUCAUUGCAGCCGACACCACAGAACCAGAAGGAGAUGGACCUCAAACAACCGCCUCCCCACAGAAGCAGAGUCUGUCAGAGGAGUCUCAACCAGCUCAGCCUGAGUCCACACCCGAAGCUUCAUCUUCAAAAAAGCUGAAGGAGAAGCAGAAGGCCUCUCCCCAGCUGGACCAGCCACCCCGUCGAAUCACACGCCGGCAGCUGGAGCUGGAGGCCUGGUUAUCCCCCCAGCCUUAUGCAAAGAAGCUCAGGUCCUCAUCGAGUCCUGCUGAGCGACCCACAUCGUCUCCACAGCGCGUGAAGAAAACCAAGUCAGCAGUAAAGUCUGUUCUCCAGACAGACUCGACUCCAGACCAGCCGCCUCCUAAGAGAGCCAGAGGACAGAGCGUGGAGGCCGAGAGUCAGCCGGAGCGGGUCGGAGAGGCUGCAGCCUCUGGAGCAGCAGCAGCAGAUGAAUUCAACCCAGUGCCUCAGAAAGAAGAGAAGAAGAAAGAGAAGAGGAAACUGGGAAUUCUGGAGCUGGCAACAAAGGAGUUUGAAGAUGAGAGCGAGUCUGAUGAAGCUCCAGACCUCCCUGAUGAGACAGCAGCCACAUCCACAGAACCUUCAGAACCAGCUGCACAUCCUGCUUCCACACAGUCCGAAGCUGGACCUGGACCUGGACCAGAUCCUGCUUCCACACAGUCCGAAGCUGGACCUGGACCUGGACCCAGCCUCCAGGGGGACGUGCAGGAGGCUCACGCGUCCAGUACCAGCCCUGCAGCAGAGACAGGCUGCCCUGGACCUGCAGCCGCCGGGCCUGCUGCUGCUCCUGAGGCUGUCGGCGCCGCGUCCAACGCCCACCUGUUCAUCUUUGACAGUGAAUCUCAGGAGGAAGACUCUCAGUCCGUUGUUGGUGACCGUCCAGCUGCUGCGUCCAACCCGACCGCGGACAAAGACGCUGCGUUUUCUCUGACUCAGGUCCAGUUAGAGGAGGACAAGCAGCUCAUCAGAGAGCUGAUGAACCGGACCGACCAGGACUUGGCUGCUGUGACUAAAGCCUUGCUGAAGACCAGUGGAGACGUCACAGCUGCUCUGGACCUGCUUCUGAAUCCCUCCUCCGUUUCUGGACCUUUGUGGACUCGCUGUGACGACAAGCUUUUGCUGUCCGCUGAUCCUGCUGUCCGCCAGCAGCUGCAGGAGAAAUACGGUGAGGAGCCCGUGGCCAAAAGAGUCCUGUUUCUGGAGGUGGAGGGAUGAGACGGGAUGAGACGGGAUGAGACGGGAGGAAGGCGCCGACAGACAGAACAUGAUGUUCAUCCAUCCUCAGUGCUGUGGGAUCAGCUGGUGUUCAGGAGGGUUGGUUUAUAAAUACUGCUCAUUCUGUUUCAGUAGUUUUAAAAAGCCGUUUUAAACGUUUGCAGACAGAGAAACUCUUAUUUUUUAACAUGUCGUGUAGAUUGUUCCAUGAUGUAGAUUUUUGUUUGCAGACAAAAUCUUUUAAUUCAUCUUCAUAGUAAAAACUUCAUUUUAUGUGUCAUGUGUUUUUUUUAUUGUCAUUUAUGUUUCCCUGAUAUUGUGUAAUAAAUUUUAAGGCCAUUGAUGACCUCGUGGUUUUA